CUCCUGCACACCAUGCGGAUUAUGCUGCAAGUUAUUCUUGGAAUGUUUCAAUUCCUGCUGCUCACCACAAUCCCCAUGUCCCAUGCCAAGCUGGCUCAUUGGCGGCCUACGGACCCGGCCAAGUCCAGAGAAGUGCGGCGCUGGCUGGAGGUGUACUCACGCAGCGGCUGUGAGCCCCGAGAGACUCUGGUGGAGGUGUGGCGGGAGUUGCCGGGGGAGACGCACCACCUCUUUGUGCCCUCAUGUGUGGCGCUGAGGCGAUGUGGAGGCUGCUGUGUGGACGAGGCCAUGGAGUGUGUUGCCUCGCUCACACACACACUCACCAUGGAGCUGAUGAGGACUUCCUUCAUGAAGCACGAGCUCACUGAGUUGUCCUUUGUGGAGCACAGCCAGUGUGAGUGCCGAGUGAAAGAGGAGAUGCAGCCAACAACAACUACAAGGCCCAAUCACACGCCUACAAGAGUCAAGAAGAAGAGGCGAGGAAAGAAGACGAUUGCAGCCACCAGAACUGCCACCCGGGUCUUCCCGUCUCCCGCCACCAGUUCCCCUUCGCCGUCCACGCGGCCUUCCUGUGGACCCUGCAGAGGCAGGAAGUGGACUCUGGAUGCAGAGUCUUGUCGAUGUCUCUGCACCGUCACUGCUGAGAGCUGCCACAGGAGAAAUAGGAGGCUGGACCCUCGCCGCUGCAGGUAG